AUGUCCUUCAUAGUAUUCGUGCAAAGCCUACUAGCGGCCAUCUCUAACAUCGUGGGUAACGCCAUCUUCACGCAGACUCUGACACAGCAGGUCUCGGUCCUAGCGCCGUCGGUGAGCCCCGAGGCGGCGCUCGCGGCAGGCGGAAGCGCGGAAGCGGUGCGGGCCCUGCUGCCCCCCGGGAGUCCGGAGCUCGAGGGGCUGCUGCUCGCAUACUCGAAGAGCGUCAGCACGGUCUUCUACCUGUUAGUGGCGGCCGCCGUCGUGUGUUUCGCCGCUGCUUGGGGUAUGGGCUGGGUGGAUAUACGGAAGAAGGCGCCGAAGGAGAAUAGGGCAUAA